CGCAUGUGGCAUGUCACUAGCCAUUGCUAGUACUCGCUACAAGCCAGUGAAUUAGUGUGGUUGAGCAUCGAUCGACAUGCCGUCGCAGCUGAACAAGGACCCGCACAACCGCUACUUCGACUUGGGGGCCGCGCGGGAGGUGCCGGACACGCAUGCGUGGGACGGGCAGCACGAGCUCCCGGUGGUGGACGGUGGCGUCGGGGCCGGGGACGACGCCGUGCCGGUGGUGGACAUGCGGGAUCCACGGGCGGCCGAGGCGGUGGCCCGUGCGUCGGAGCAGUGGGGAGCGUUCCUGCUCGAGGGCCACGGCGUGCCGACCGAGCUGCUGGCGCGCGUCGAGGCCGGGAUCGCCGGCAUGUUCGCGCUGCCGACGCCGGAGAAGAUGCGCGCAGCGCGGCACGACGGCGACCUCUACGGCUACGGGCCGCCGCUCAUCGCCUCCUACGUCUCCAAGAACAUGUGGUCCGAGGGCUACACCCUGACCCCGGCGAACCUCCACGCCGAGUUCCGCAAGAUCUGGCCCGACGCCGGCCAGCACUACCGCCACUUCUCUGGCGUGAUGGAGGAAUUCCUGAAGGAGAUGCGUUCGCUGGCCAACAGGCUGAUGGAGCUGUUCCUCGUAGCGCUUGGGCUCACCGCCGAGCAGAUCGCCGGCGUCGAGGCGGAGCACAACCUCACCGAGAGCAUGACCGAGACAAUGCACCUCAACUGGUACCCCAAGUGCCCUGACCCGACGCGGGCGCUGGGCCUGAAAGGGCACACGGACUCGGGGUUCUUCACGUUCGUGAUGCAGAGCCAGGUCCCGGGGCUACACCUGUUCCGGCACGGGCCGCCGGCGGACAGGUGGGUGGAGGUGCCGGCCGUGCCGGGAGCGCUCAUCGUCAACAUCGGCGACCUCUUCCAGAUCCUCACCAACGGCCGCUUCCGCAGCGUGUACCACCGCGUUGUCGUCAACCGUGAGAGGGAGCGCAUUUCGGUCGCCUACUUCCUCAUCCCACCCGCCGACGUCAAGGUGGCGCCGCUCAAGGAAGUCGUGGGCGGCGGCAAGCCCGUCUACCGCGCCCUCACCUGGUCGGAGUCCAUCGUCGUGCGCAAGGAGGCCUUCGCCAACCAUGGCGCCGACCUCGAGUUCGGCAAAGGACGCACCGCGCUCGACAUGCUCUCUAUCAGCUCCGACGAGGACGAUGGCGCCGAGCACCACCGUGACUGACAUCUCCUCGUAGAUCAGCGCCAAUAUCACGGGAGAUCGUGAAGCGAAUGAAGGUGAAAUAAAAUGUUAGAAACGGUGUUUAGGGCAUUUAAAAAACAUUGCUGUCUCUCCAUCCAUGCAUGCUUCAGUUACCUGUUAUCAAUGAAGAACAAUAAAUCAUUUCCGUCUCGUCA